CCACGAUUCUUUAUUCUAACAUCAUUUUCUCCACCACACCCAUCUAUCAGUUCUCCGUUUUAACCCUGUCCUUUUGUUUAAGUGGUUCGGGAGCACGCUCCACACUUGCAUUAAAGUCCCACCUCCUAGUUUGAUUGACAGCCGCAGCUUUCUACACAAUUUAUGCAAGAUUCACACUCAAAACAGGAGACUGUCAAUAAUGCAGAGCAGUCUUAAUUUGUGGGAUGUGUGAAACGUAACGAAAUGCAGCACUGUCACCCUACCUACAAUAUACUGAACGCCCAGGGUAUUCCAUCAAUUGUUCUUCACUGAUGACACGGGCAUAUUCCAAGAUGACAAUGCCAGGAUUCAUUGGACUCAAACAGUGAAAUAUGUUGGUGAUCUUGGUAAAAAUUGAUGCAACACUGGAUGGAAAUAAAUCUUGUGACAUUGCAGAAGCUUCCAGAAACAAUGCCACAAUGAAUGCAUGCAGUUCAUGGAAAGCUCUUGUUUGUAUUAAAGAUUAAAGUUCAAGAAAAUGCUAAGAGCUGACACACAUGCUAAACCAAACGCUACAAGUGGAUCUCAUUUUCUCUCUCCCUUUCCUUAUAUAUUUUAAUCACUUUUUUAACAUUCCAACCAAAUUUUUAAAUCUGUUUUCUUUUGAAAAUUUUUGUUCUUGUGAAGCACCUCGUGAUCUUGUUUCUAUCUUUUUCUUCUCCUCCAUUCUAGUGAAGUUGCCACAAAAUAUUUCAGUUUUUGAGAUUUAGAAAUGUAAAUGCUCUUGUAGAUCAAAAUAUUUUUGUACUAUCAUUAUUGUUGUUUUGUUGUUGUUGUUCUAUGUUAUUUUAUAUACAACAACGGCUUGCCAAACUCUCCCACAGGCCGUGACCGCUGGUUGGCCCUACGGGUGAUCCAUCUCACCAAUCCAGCUUCUGUGAGUGGAUACUCGGGUAGCGCUCUCAUGCCUGCUGUGGUCUCCGACUCCGUGAGGAUGGACGGUGUGUCGUUAGGACACUGCCUCUCAUGUCUUACCAGUCUGGUGGCUGCGCCGGCCUCGCCACAGCCAAACGGCAGCGCCGACUCAGAGGAGGACACCGUGAACGGAGGGAUUCACACCUUCAACCAGACGCACAUGAGGAAGGCUUUCCAUCUGAUGAACGACCUGAGAAGUAAAAAGCUGCUGUGUGACGUCCAGCUGGUGGCAGACAGCGUGGAGGUUCCAGCUCACAGGGUUGUGUUGGCGUCCUGUAGCCCCUACUUCUGUGCCAUGUUCACAGGUGACAUGAGCGAGAGCAAAGCCCAUCAGGUGGAGAUCAGAGACGUGGGCGGGCAGACUCUGAGAAAGCUGGUGGACUACAUUUACACGGCCGAGAUCGAAGUUACAGAAGACAACGUCCAGGUUCUCCUGCCAGCGGCGAGUCUCCUCCAGCUGAUGGAUGUCCGCCAGGUAUGCUGUGAGUUCCUGCAGUCUCAGCUUCAUCCCACAAACUGCCUUGGCAUCAGAGCUUUUGCUGAUCUUCAUACGUGCACCCAGCUUCUCGACCAGGCCCACGCCUAUGCCGAGCAGCAUUUCUGUGAGGUGGUGCAGGGCGAGGAGUUCCUGGGACUGUCCCUGCAGCAGGUGUGCUGCCUGAUCUCCAGUGACAAACUCACCGUCUCCACCGAGGAGAAGGUGUUCGAGGCGAUGGUGUCUUGGAUCAAACACGAUAAACCAGCGCGUCUGGAGCACAUGCCCAAACUAAUGGAGCACGUUCGACUUCCUCUCCUGUCCAGGGAUUACCUGGUGAAGAUAGUGGAGGAAGAAGCUUUGAUAAAGAACAACAACACAUGCAAAGAUUUCCUCAUAGAAGCUAUGAAGUAUCACCUGCUGCCAGCUGACCAGAGACACCUCAUCAAGACGGACCGGACCAGACCCAGAACUCCUGUCAGCAUCCCCAAGGUGAUGAUCGUUGUUGGUGGUCAGGCUCCUAAAGCCAUCCGCAGCGUGGAGUGCUACGACUUCCAGGAGGAUCGAUGGUACCAAGUGGCUGACCUGCCUUCCCGACGCUGCCGGGCAGGUGUGGUUGCCAUGGCAGGCCAGGUGUACGCCGUUGGAGGGUUUAACAGUUCCCUACGAGAGCGGACGGUGGACGCGUACGACGGAGGGAGGGACCAGUGGAGCACGGUGGCGAGCAUGCAGGAGAGACGCAGCACACUGGGAGCUGCUGUGUUAGCAGACUUCCUGUACGCUGUUGGAGGCUUCAAUGGAAGCAUAGGUUUAUCUACUGUUGAGGUUUACAACUAUAAAACCAACGAGUGGCUGUAUGUAGCCUCCAUGAACACCAGGCGCAGCAGCGUGGGGGUCGGGGUGGUGGACGGGAAGUUGUAUGCCGUGGGGGGUUAUGACGGCGCUUCUCGCCAGUGUCUCAGCACCGUGGAGGAGUACGACCCCGUCUCUGACCAGUGGUCGUACGUGGCUGACAUGAGCACACGGAGGAGUGGCGCAGGUGUGGGUGUUCUGGGUGGUCUGCUGUAUGCAGCAGGAGGACAUGAUGGUCCCCUGGUGAGGAAGAGCGUAGAGGUGUACGACCCCCAGACCAACACGUGGAGACUGGUGUCAGACAUGAACAUGUGUCGAAGGAACGCAGGUGUGUGUGCCAUUAAUGGUCUGCUGUAUGUGGUCGGAGGAGACGAUGGGUCCUGUAACCUCUCCUCUGUAGAGUUUUACAACCCGGUCACUGACAAGUGGAGCCUGAUUCCCACCAACAUGAGCAACGGACGCAGCUACGCAGGCGGGUCCCUGUUCCUUCAGCUCUCACAUCAACCCCGCCUCAGUAACGUAAUAGACGCGUUUUCCCAGAGAGCUUCCCACUGGGAGCGUUUCAGACACACAACGACAGCUGAAGCGUUCUGCGCAUCGGGUCCCAUGAGCUCUCAUAUUCACCGGAGAAUUGGAAAAUCACGCGUGAUUUCGGCACUUCACGUGAUAAUGUGCAAGGACAGUGGCAUGUAUCCAAACGGACGGUGGUUUACUUCCUGUUCAUUUUACUUUUCUCACAGAGGUUUCGAGGUAAUGAUGUACUUUUAUUUUACCAGUUAAUCAACAGGAAAUCAGCACAAGGUUUUGUUUUCAAAGUUUCUGGAUGAUUUACACUGCUCUCGUGUUUGACUUCCUGUCUGGAGGCCCGAUCUGAACUGCUGAGCUUGAUACGUUCUGGAAACGUAGCAAAUAAAAAGACUUGAAACCUAAGUUUGUCAGAGCGACUUGCGUGUCCAGUGGAAAGCUGGGGUAACCGGAACAAUUAAAUGAGCUAAUAUCUUGUUUUCUGCUCCUUUUUCUCCUCCGCUACAGGAGUAGCAGUGAUCGACAAGCCGUUAUGACCCAGGACCUUCCAACACUCGGAUCUUCACCUGUCAGUUUGACAGAAAGUCAAAGCCACAUCUGAAACAACUGAGCUAGAAGCUGCCCAGAACGACGAGGCUCCACGGACCUUCUGGGAUUUCAGGAACACCGUUGGGUUCAGAAGAACAUCUCGCCACGUGACUAGCAGCUGUAUCAGCUGUUGUGAUGUUUACGUCGGCCAGGAAAUAAGUAAACGGACCAAACAUGGAUUCCUGAACACUAAAACGCGAUGGCACAAAACCCCCAGCUGCUUGAGGACGACCGGCUGCAGGCGGCUGAGAGGACUCUGCUGCUCCAACCCUCACGCUGCCGUGCCAGCCUUUACUCCAUCAGGAGCAUCUUCCUAAACUUGUGGUUGCUGUGGCUCAGCCAGGUUCUGGGAGGGUUCGAUUUGCUCCGACUGAACUGAACCGGAGUGGUUGUGGUGUUAUGUUUGCUUCAUCAGUAUUAGUUCUCUACUCCAAGGCAAGAACCCAGAGACCUGCAAGAUGGUAUAAAGAUGAUAGAAAACUCAUUAUAUGCAAAUAAGUUUCAUAUUUAAUGUUUUUUUGAAGAAAGAAAAUCUAAAUGACAUAAGUUUCUAAUCAGAUCAGCUGUUUGGUGAAACACUACUAAUGCUCUGACCUUUUUGCACUGACCUGUCGGGGCCGUCUGAUUGGCUGACGGCGUCUUUCUGACCAAGCUGAAUCUCUGAGCGGCUGUCAGGCGUCAGAAACUGUCAAAGAAGAAACGUGUCCGCUGCAGUGGCCAGAGGCAGAGCAACGCUGGGGAUAUCUUUUGCUCUGAGGGACGGAGACUUUGUGUGUGUGUGUGUGUGUGUGUGUGUCAAAAAUGCACUGUAAAAACUCUGCAGGUUUUAGGCUUUAUUUAUUGUUUGGACGAGUUUAUUCAUAUUUGGCGAGAUUCCAAUUUCUCUGCCUUUUCCUGUCAUCGCCUCGCAUCCGUUUAGACAGUCGGGUUUAUUUUAUUCAUGGAAUAGAUCAGAUGUGCCAUGGAUUCAGAACAGUCUAGUUUUAGUAUAUUUAAAGCCAAAUGUAACAUUCUUUAUUGGACAGUAAUUUUCUGUUCCUGCAGUAAGAAGCACAUGUUCUGAUAUUUUUUUUGUACAUGCGAGUUUCAUUUGCCCAAAUAUUCAGACUGAAUUACUACUAAACUCAAUGCAGUUGGAUGUUAAAAGACGUGUUUAAAUGAUGUUUAUAGUCGGCUUGGGAUGGAACGGUUUCCACUACUGAAGUUAAUCAUGUGAUUGUAAAGUUUCUCUAUUGAGUUGCUCUAUUUUUAAAUAUAAACUGUGGAUAUUCUGAUCAAA